AUGACCUUGGCCAAUGGACGCAUCUUGAAUGUCACAACCAUUCAGCCAAUCAGAAAGCCGCAUUUGAGAUCCAGCGAUGGCGCGGGCCCAACCGGAUGCAUGACUCAGCACCCGUGUAUCUGCCUCAGGCGUCAACACCACACCACCCGCAAAAUCCUAGAGCACUUCUCACCUCCCUUCCCGUCUCCAUCCCAAACCUCUCCCCUCACCAUUGUUCCCGUUCGGUCCAACCGUGGUCCUCCUCUCACAAUGUCCGCCUUCUCCGUCUUCCGCAUGGCGACCCGCGCCAUCCGCCCCAACGGCCUUUGCAGAGCUCCUCAAAUCACCCGCGCUCGGAUGCAGUCCCCGGUGACUCUGGCCGCCGUCCGCGCCUCCAACUUCGGUACCACCUCCAAGCUCCUCUCCGGCCACGAGGACGAGACAUUCGAAGAGUUCUCUGCCAGAUUCGAGAAGGAAUUCGAGGGUGUGCAGGAUGUUUUCGAGCUCCAGCGCAACCUGAACAACUGCUUCGCUUACGAUCUCGUCCCCUCCGUUGAGGUCCUCACUGCCGCCCUCAAGGCUGCCCGCCGUGUGAACGACUUCCCUACCGCUGUCCGCGUCUUCGAGGGUAUCAAGGCUAAGGUCGAGAACCCCGAGCAGUACAAGCAAUACCUCGAGUCCCUCGAGGGUCUGCGCCAGGAGCUUGGCGUCGCUCUCCGUGAGGAGCUCUACCCCCAGGAGUAG